AUGAAGAUAGCCAAUCUAGUGCUACAGAUCACAUCGUUGCUAUUGCUUGCGUUGUGUCCACAUGCGGUGGAUGCGGCGCUGUCAGUGGACAAGUUGAAGAAGAGCGUUUCGGACUCCAAUCCCAUCUACAAUGUCCCCCAGGGGCAAUUAAAGGAUGUCGUCACAGGGUUGAAACCAUACGGCAUGGUAUUGCUUGUGACAACUGCCAACCCGAGGUUUGGCUGCGAUUUGUGUGGGCAAUUCGAACCGGUGUAUGCCCAGAUCAUCCGGGCGGUGUACCAGAAGUACCCUGCUCUCAAGGAUGAGGCUUUCUUUCUGAGGGUGGAAGCAGCCGACCACCUCGAGUAUUUGAAAGAACUUGGAGUAACGUCGGUUCCACGGGUUUGGGGCUUUCCAAACAGCAUGGGUGUUUUGGGAGAGGAGAAGUUCAACAAGGUGAAGUCGCUGCUCGAGGAGCAGAAGCAGGCGUUGGCCAACAACGGGGUAUUCAUUGAGCCGGAGUGGUACGACUUGAAACAGGCCGGAAUGGAGCACUUUGUGUUUGAGCUCACGAAGGGAGACAAUUGGGAGGCUGUCAUUGGCAAGUUUGCCGAGUUUCUGGGCAACACUUUGCAUGUCGACGUGAACGCUGCUCUCGUCGAGGGUGUGAAGAAGUCGAAGAUCGACUGGUUUGUCACGGCGCAAUGGUUUGUCUACUUCCUUGUUGGGGUCAAGGUGUUGCAGAGGAUAAGACAGAACUCUGCGGAGGGGGUGCGGUUCUGGGCCGACCGCAGGCUCUAUGCGUACCUCUCGAUCGUGCUGAUCUUCAUCUGUGUUUCUGGGUUCAACUUCACCAUGCAAAGAGGAUCGCCGUUUGUGUCGCAGAAGGACGGGAAGGUUCUCUGGAUUGCGCCAACUAGCACGACGCAGUUUGGGUCGGAGAUCAUCAUCGGUGUGCUUCUGCAUGUGGCCUUCAUGUGCGUGGUUGUCUUUCUCAUUGACGGAACCCGGCUGGUGCAGGGGGCAUACAAGAGCAUGGCACUCGUUGCCGCCUCGAUGCUGCUGGCGUAUGUGCUCAUGUUGGGGGCAAACAUCUACGCUAUCAAAAGUCCAGGGUAUCCAUUAAACUAUGUAAAGCUGCUGUGA